UCGGAGGUAGCGCGGCUUUUGCUGCAGGCCGGUGCGGAAAAGGACAAGGCCAGGCAGAAUGGCGCCACCCCUUUGUUCGCUGCAGCUCAGCAAGGACAGGUAGAGGUAGCGCGGCCUUUGCUGGAGUUCAGUGCGGACAAGGAGAAGGCCUUAGCAGAUGGGACAACCCCUUUGUCCAUUGCAGCUCAGAAUGGACGGUUGGAGGUAGUGCGGCGUUUGCUGCAGGCCGGUGCGGACAAGGACAAGGCCAAGCAGAAUGGUGCCACCCCUGUGUUCAUUGCAGCUCAUAAUGGACAGUUGGAGGUAGUGCGGCUUUUGCUGCAGGCCGGUGCGGAAAAGGACAAGGCCGAGCAGAAUGGCGCCACCCCUUUGUUCGCUGCAGCUCAGCAAGGACAGGUGGAGGUAGCGCGGCUUUUGCUGGAGUUCAGUGCGGACAAGGAGAAGGCCUUUACAGAUGGUGCCACCCCUUUGUUCAUUGCAGCUCAGUAUGGACGGUUGGAGGUAGUGCGGCUUUUGCUGCAGGCCGGUGCGGACAAGGACAAGGCCAUGCAGAGUCGCGCCACCCCUUUGUUCAUUGCAGCUCAGAAUGGACAGUUGGAGGUAGUGCGGCUUUUGCUGCAGGCCGGUGCGGACAAGGACAAGGCCGAGCAGAAUGGCGCCACCGUUUUGUACAUGGCUGCUGAGAAGGGGCAUUUGGAGGUUGCCAGCCUUUUGCUGGAGUUCAGUGCGGACAAGGAGAAGGCCUUUACAGAUGGUGCCACCCCUUUGUUCAUUGCAGCUCAAAAUGGACGGUUGGAAAUAGUGCGGCUUUUGCUGCAGGCUGGUGCGGACAAGGACAAGGCCAUGCAGAAUGGUGCCACCCCUUUGUUCGUUGCAGCUGAGAACCGGCAUUUGGAGGUUGCACGCCUUCUGCAGGACCGUGCAGAUCAACCCAUGUAA